AUGAGGAUGCAUCACCACUACUCCGCAAAUGCCAGUGGUAGAGAAAAAUCGCAGAGGGGGAAGCCAAAGGUGGGUCCAGGCAAUCACGUGAACAACCCAGCAGGUUACCCCGCUAGCCAUCUCCAUAAGGAGCAAAGAAGAAGUUGCGCCCCUGGAAGGUGCGCCCACUGGCUGGCCGCCGUCCCCCUCCCCGACAAGGUGAAGGAGAACCUAAGAGCGUAUGUAACCCUAUCGAGGCUGCACAUCCCAACAGGCAUACACCUCCUCCUGAAUUCAGCCCUCUACGGUUACUUCUUAACCCUCCCCGUGGAGAGCCUCUUCACCCCAGGGAAUGAAAUCAACUGGGAAUGCAUAACCAAAAUAGGAAGAGACCUCUGCCUCUUUGCCUUUGGAAGUCUCAACAGCCGUAUCGUUGGCUGCAUCAUAAAUGACCUCUUUGACAGGGACUACGAUAGACAUGUGGAGAGAACGAAAAACAGGCCACUAGCAAACAACACAGUGACCACCGCCAGAGCAUUUGCCUAUUUGGCUCUCCACUCCGCGCUCUCCCUCCUUACCCUCUUUCAGUUUAGCCAUCAAACCAUUUCCACAGGAUUACUCUCCACCGCUUUCAUCAUUUCGUACCCUUUGAUGAAGAGAGUAACUUACUACGCUCAGGUCUACUUGUCGAUCACCUUUAACCUCGGCUUUUUCAUUUCCUGCAGUGAGCAUGUGGAGCUAGCUUCGAACGCCCUUGCUCUGUGUGUUAGCUUCCUACCCUUGUGUUAUUUGACCGUCAUAUAUGAUACUAUAUAUGCUCACCAGGAUAGAUGGGAGGACAUUCAGUUGAAGCUAAAGUCGUUGGCCAUAAAAUGGGGGGACAACACCCUGGUGUAUUCGAAGCUGCUAGCCGUUAACAUGACGUAUCUGUUUUAUCUUUCUGGGUACCUAUUCGACUUACACUGCUGCUACUACGUGAUGGCUACAUGCAAUGUGCUUUACCUGCUGCACUGCAUUGGGGAGACUGAUCUGGGGGACAAGGAGAAGUGCAUGCGCUUCUUUAAAAAGAGCAAAAAUGUGUUGAUGCUAUUUGUACUCGCCGCUUUCGUCGCCAAGGGGUGCCAGGCGUACCAGAGGUGGCGGCAACCACCCGGGGAGGUCCUGCAAGACGAGAAGAUACCCACGGGGGGGGAAACUCAGCAAGGAACCGCCUGA